AUGCAAUCUGCUGACCCAUUCAAUUUUUCAAGUUUUAUCUUAUUCAUGACGACUGCGCAUAAGCAAUGUUGCGCAGAAUUGCGAAAAACACUGAAAAAAGGUCGUGAUAUGGUUCUUUCUAAUUCAACGAAAAGCAGCCAGGCUGCAUUUUCAGAAAGAACAUUAGAGCUAGAAUCUGGAUUGAAAAUCAAUUAUGUGGCACCAGUACAUGCAGUUCCGUCAAAGGAAAAUUCAUCGACUGAGAAUAGUACGGGCUUAGUUCCACGUAAAAGAAGCUUUAUAGAAGGAAGUGAUCCAUGGGAAUAUUGGGAAGGCGUUUUUGAAAUGUGUUACGCGCUGGAUCAUGCAAUACAGUUUGAAACGGAUGACUUAGUGAAAGGAUGCCAAGUUCUGGAGAUCGGUUUUUGUACUGCUCUCCCAUCAGUCUUUGCUAUAAAAAACGGAGCAAAACAUAUCACUUUGCAUAGUAAUAACACCGAAAUGAUGGAAUCGUGUGUCAAAUCGACGCUUUCUCGGAACAAAAUUAAAAAUGUGCAACACAGACUCCUUUACAGUUCCUUGGAAGACCUUCGAAAAUUGGUGGGACGAAAUGAAUUUGAGGUUAUCUUUGUUGUGGAAUUUUUUAAUAGCCAGAAAAAUCAGUUUGAAGAAAUUCAUGAUUUCAUCGACUAUGCACUAGCCAAUAAUGGCAUUUGUUUGUUCGAAUCUCGAAUGUUUUAUAUCAACUGCGAAAGUAGUUUGCAUGAAUUUUUGGAUCUGGUUAAGAUGAAAGGGAAAUUUGAUAUUUAUACUCGUUGGUCGACACCAAAAUCAGAAAUUACUCAACGAAAAGUAAUCCAACUGACUCGAGCUAUAAGAUGA